AUGGCUUCCUGGAAUUCCACAAGCACCUACGUCGACGAGGUUCCUCCACCUGGGGCGAACAUCGUUAGUGGCAUGUGGAUUUUCAGGGUGAAGCGGACGCCGGGUUCUCCGCCUGUCUUCAAGGCACGUUACCGCGACUACGAGCUUCACUCUCUUGACUUCAGCACAGCUUUCCUGCAGGGCAGCGUGCACGAGGAGAUCUCGCUGCGCCGCCCACCUGGCUUCACUGGGUCUUUUCCCCCUGGUACCCAGUGGAGCCUCCGGCGGCCAGUCUACGGUCUCCGCCAGGCGCCCCGUGAGUGGCACGACACACUGAGGACUACACUUGCGGCUCUUGGGUUUGCUCCUUCUACAGCCGACCCGUCGCUGUUUCUGCGCACCGACACCUCUUUGCCGCCGUUCUACAUCCUCAUGUACGUCGACGACUUGUUCUUCGCCACUGCUGACACUGCUGGACUCGCCCACGUGAAGUCCGAGCUGCAGAAGAGACACACGUGCACAGACCUGGAGCACAUGGCUGCAGCGAAGAGGGUGUUGCGCUACUUGUGCAGUACGUCGGGCAUGGGGCUAGUGCUUGGAGGGCGACGUCGAGUGGUCCUCACAGGUCACGCAGACGCUUCUUCGGCUGACGACCAGGCUACGCAGCGGUCGUCACAGGGUUACACCUUCAGCCUUGGCUCCGGCUCUGUUUGGUGGCGGUCUACCCGCUCGUCUUCUGUUCUCGGCUCCAGCUGUGAGGCUGAGAUCUACGCGGGGGCCAUGGCUGCACAGGAGCUACGCUGGCUCACCUACCUGCUGACUGACCUAGGAGAGCCGCCUCGUUCUCCUCCAGUUCUGUACGUAGACAACAAGGCCAUGCUGGCCUUGUGUCAGGAGCACAGACUGGAGCACAGAACGAAGCACAUUGCUCUUCGCUACUUCCUUGCUCGUGAGCUGCAGCAGCGUGGUCAGCUGCGCCUUGCUUACGUGGCCUCUGAGGCCAACACUGCUGAUAUCUUUACCAAGGCACUUCCGCCUGGUGAUCAUCAGCACUUCUGUACGAUGCUAGGUCUUGUGCCUACUUGGCCUCACUUGCUCACUUCUUGA